CCAUGGGGUGGUUCCAUAAAUCCCUCGGCCCCGCCAACGCGACCCUCUCGACAGCACUGUGUCACCCUCCUGCGAUCCUCGGGGAUGGUUGUUCGACACCCCCGACCUCGGCAAUGAUCACUGGAACGUCCACGACAGGCGGAUGGCAGAACCGGACGCCGAGUCUGUACGCGCGGCUGGCAACAACGACCGGUGUGGGAAAAGAAAAACGCCGAACACAGGAAACCACCGACCCGGGUUUGCUUCAUAACUCAGAUUACUGUCCCAGACUUGAAUGCAAACGGCGUGGAAGUUCAGCGAUGAAUCAUAACUACGCAGCGGCUUCUCUCCCAGUCGUAAAAGCGAAGGGCAGAAACGAAUUUUCAUGGGUGCCGUGAAUGAGUGUUCCGCAACGGACGCCGAUCGAUCUAUCGCCUGGGCACCGCGCU